AGAUUCGCGUUGCCAAUGAAGCGGGUAACUUUUAGUUCUCACUUCCCCUGUUUCUUCAUCCCAAUAAUUUCAAUAAACUUGUGGCUUUUCAACUCGCCUUCAGAUUUUUGAGUUAAAAUGGCUGCUGGGUCCGCAUCGAAGGAGCAGGCAAGGCAAUACACCAAUGCUCUAACAGGAGAUGAAAAACACACAGAUGGUGGUGGCAAAGAAAAUCAUGAUGACCUAGAUUAAUUCUGGAAAGGGUUUAACACAGGAUGGAACAUUGGGCAGAUGAGAAAAUUAUCAAGAAAUCAGUUUCAUGCUGCCGAGUGAACUUCCAGGAUGUCUUCUCCUCUUUCCGCAUCAAUAAGUCCAAGCUGAGCAGGGCAUUGUUUCUUCCUUUAUUUUAUAACAGUGUCUGGUUGUAAGGUUGUUUAAAUAAAAUGCUUUGCGCUUUUUUUUUCUAUCUUCUAUUUUGUAAUAAUUUGCUUGAAACUGAUAUGCAAUAUGGAUUUGUAUUCUGUUAUUUAACCAAGUCUGUAAUCUGGAGAGAGACGGAAACUCAGAAAGUCAGU